AUGGACGAAAAACCAAGCGCGCUCAGCCGCUUCGCCAAGCGGAUCGAGGUCGACGCCGAGCCCGGCCUCACGACCGCCCAGUUGAUGUUGACCAACCACGAUCUGAAGCCUGUGGAGCCUGCGCGCCGGCAAUGGGGCCCCUGGAACUUCGUCGGGUUCUGGAUCGCCGACUCGUUCAACAUCAACACGUGGAUGAUCUCGUCGUCCAUGGUCGUGGCUGGGCUCUCGUGGUGGCAGUCGUGGCUUUGUGUCUGGAUUGGCUAUGCCAUCGCCGGCGUCUUCAUCUGCUUGACCGGCCGCAUCGGCGCCACUUAUCACAUCGGGUUCCCCGUCGUUGCCCGGUCUUCGUUUGGCAUCUGGGGAGCCCUGUGGCCCAUAUUCAACCGAGCUGCCAUGGCUUGCAUCUGGUAUGGCGUGCAGUCGUACAUCGGCGGUCACUGCGUCUACAUCAUGAUUAGGGCCAUCUGGACGAGCUGGGACCGCGCCACCAUCCCGAACACGUUUUCAGCGGAAUCUGGAACCACGACAGCGGACUAUGUCUCGUUCUUCCUCUUUUGGUUCUGCUCGCUGCCCGCUAUUUGGUUCCCCGUCCACAAGGUCCGCCAUCUGUUCACCGUCAAGGCGUACUUCGUGCCCUGUGCCGGCAUCGCCUUCCUCAUCUGGGCCGUUGUCCGUGCCGGCGGAGUGGGUCCGAUCGUCAGGCAGCCCGCGAGAGCUGAAGGUUCGGAGCUCGCGUGGCAGUUUGUCAAGGGUGUCAUGAGCUCAAUUGCCAACUUCGCCACUCUGAUCGUCAACGACCCCGACUUUUCUCGUUUCGCCGGCAAGCCCCGCGAUGCCCUGUGGUCGCAGCUGUUCACCAUCCCGAUUGGCUUCGCCGUUACCUCCUUCAUCGGCAUCAUCGUCUCGUCGUCGUCCACCGUCAUUUACGGAGGUGACCCGAUCUGGGAUCCUCUCGUCUUGCUCGAGAAAUUCAUCGAUGACGGCGGCUCUGGCCAGCGCUUUGGCGUCUUUGUCAUUGCCCUUGCUUUUGCCCUGGCGCAGCUCGGCACCAAUAUUGCCGCCAACUCUGUGUCUGCCGGUACCGACAUGACGGCCCUGUUCCCACGCUUCAUUAACAUCCGCCGAGGUGGCUACAUCUGCGCCGCCGUUGGCCUUGCCAUGUGCCCUUACAACCUCCUCACGUCGAGCAACCAGUUCACGACCUACCUGUCGGCCUACAGCGUCUUCCUGUCCUCGAUUGCUGGCGUCAUCAUUUCCGACUACUACUUUGUGCGCCGCGGCUAUCUCGAGGUGAAGGAGCUGUAUGACGCGCGCAAGUCGGGCCCCUAUUACUUCCACUUUGGAGUGCACUGGCGCGCGUAUGUUGCCUACGUUGCCGGCAUCUUGAUCAACGUCGUGGGGUUCGCUGGUGCCAUUGGCCGGGACGUGCCAAUUGGUGCCACGUACAUCUACAACCUCAACUUCUUCUGCGGCUUCAUCAUUUCGUCGGGCUCCUACUGGGGUCUCUGCAAGAUCUGGCCUAUUCCGGCCGUCAGCGAUCGGUGGAUGGAGGUUGGCGACGAGAUUGACGACCUCAGAGUUGCGUACGACAGCCAGAGCGGCAGCCAGGAACACGCGGGGAUAAAUAGUGGUGGGGAGAUGAGGUAG